UUUACAGAGUAAAGUCUGUAAGGAAUGACAGGCAAUGUUCAGGCAGUGCCCUCAUUUUAUGGGGUUUCUUCCAGACAGUAAUGGGGAAAUUGAAGUUGCUGUUGUUUCAUCAACAUGGAUGAAUGGAAAUGAGAUGGAGAUAGCUUGGCCACCAUGUAAGACUGACAGAAACCUCAAUGAGGCUUUGACUCUUCAUCAUCUCCCAGCUGAUGACUGGCAGUGGUACGGUUGUCGUCGCAUUUUGUAUGCUACAGCCAGCUUGGAACAAGCACGGAAAAAAGCAAAACUAGCUGAGGAUACAUCUGGUCUGGAGAUUGGUGAUGAAAUGGAAGAAAAGGAAAGACGAAGAAAACAUGCCAAAAACUCAGAAGUUGCUGAAAUGAAACAAGAUUUGCACAGGCAGGUUCCAUCAGUUGGAGAGUCAUCAGAGUAUGCUUUCUUCAUUUCUCUGAGUCCCUGGUCUCCAAUUUUGUCACAUAAAACCCUCUUCAUCCCCUUCAUGUUGAGUACUUUCCCAUUCCAGUUUCUUGUGGAGCUGGAACCAAAUCAACAUAUCUCAACUCAUAUGGAGACAAGGCUCAAGAAAAACAGCUAUCAGUCUCUCCAUUAG